AUUGAUUGCUUAAUUUGGCCAAAGAAAGAUGAUUUUACUCAUCAUAACAAUAGGCACUCAUGACAAUUUUUUUAUUAACUAAUUAAAAUCCUCCCCCUUUUUAGCUUUGAUUAUGAGUUAGAUUUACGACUGUAACUUUAAUUUCCCCUCCAAUUUCUCGUCGCGGCGUUGUCCCGUUCUGUGACGUCCGUCUCUCUUUCUCUCUCUGUCUCCCCUCCAAGUCUCCUGCUCGGAGGUCUCAUGGAGUCCACCUCUCUCUUAUGUCUUUCCUAGGGUGUCUUCUGUGCUCCUGGAAUUGUGUUCUUGCUUUAAAAUUGGCUGAAAUGAGGGAGAAGCCUGUGGAGAUUUGUUGUUUCUGUUGAAAUUUAUUCGGAGGUUUAGGUUUUUAGGGUUUUUCAGAGGGGAGUGCGGUUUUGUGUGUGUGUUUUAAAAUGCCGGUGAAUCGAUCUAAGUCGGAGAAGAAUGAUGCCGCCACGAAGCAGCUCCGGCGAGACCCCUAUGAGGUGCUCGGUGUCUCCAAGAACUCCACGGAUCAGGAAAUUAAGAGCGCGUACCGCAAAAUGGCUCUCAAGUACCAUCCUGAUAAAAACGCAAAUGACCCUGAAGCAGCUGACAUGUUUAAGGAGGUUACGUUUUCCUAUAACAUUUUGUCUGAUCCAGACAAAAGACGCCAAUAUGAUACUGCUGGUUUUGAGGCUGUUGAAUCAGAUAGCCAAGAAUUGGAGCUAGAUCUUUCAAGUUUGGGGACCGUGAACACAAUGUUUGCUGCUCUUUUUAGUAAGCUUGGUGUACCAAUCAAGACCAGCGUAUCCACGACAGUUUUGGAGGAGGCACUUAAUGGAAAUGUCAACAUUCGCCCUCUUUCACUGGGGCAACCUGUGUCUAGGAAAGUUGAGAAGCAAAGUGCUCACUUCUAUUCUGUCGCAAUAACAGAAGAAGAAGCAAGAGAUGGAUUAGUCUGCCGAGUACAAUCAUCUGAUAAGAGCAAGUUCAAGUUAUUGUAUUUUGAUCGAGAAGAAAAUGAUGGGCUAAGCCUUGCACUGCAGGAGGAUUGUGCAAAGACGGGAAAGGUUACAUCUGCUGGAAUGUAUUUUCUUGGCUUCCCUGUCUAUCGUUUAGAUCAAACUGUCAACUCGGUGGCUGCUGCGAAGGAUCCAGACACAGCUUUUUUCAAAAGACUAGAUGGGUUUCAGCCCUGUGAAAUAACUGAACUGAAAGCUGGCAUGCAUGUGUUUGCUGUUUAUGGUGACAACUUUUUCAAAAGUGUAAGCUACACAAUAGAGGCCCUCUGUGCUGCCCGUUUUACGACAGAAAAGGAAAAUCUUAGAGAUGUGGAAGCACAGAUUCUGUCAAAAAGAGUGGAACUAUCAAAAUUUGAAACUGAAUACAGAGAGGUCCUGGCACAAUUUACGGAGAUGACCAGCAGAUAUGCACAAGAAAUGCAAGCUAUUGAUGAUCUUCUUAAAGAAUGGAAUGAAAUUCAUGCUUCAUACACGACUGCCCCACCAAUGACGCGAAGCUCAAGCAGGAACAGAAAUAAGGGUAUCCCCAAGGAAGCCAAUGAAGAUAGCAAAAUGAGAGAAACAGUAGAAACAAGAGAAAAGAGGCCUAGCGUGAGGGAUAGAACCAAGAAGAAGAAAUGGUUCAACAUCCACUUAAAAGUUGACAAGAGAAAGCCUUGCUAAAUCAGUAAGAUGCAUUUAUCCUCUCUAAGCAUCUCCCCAAGUUCAAACUAUAGGAUCAACCUUUACGCUGUUGGAUUCUUUACUCAGGUUAUAAAGAAGUUAGCUUGCUUGGGUCCUAUAAAUCAUAUUCCUGCACCCACCUUUUACUUGCUGCAAUGGUUCAACUGCAACAUCCAUGCAAAGUUGUAUGAAGUUGCAUGAACAUGUUGGCCAGUUAGGCGAAUGUGACAUAAUAGGGAUGGUACACUGUCUAACCUCGAAUCUUCAGCAUGUCCAGAUGACAACAUCUCUAUGUGAUUGUAAAAUUCAUUAUUUAUCUUUCUUUUUCCUUGGGAUUAAUUGGUCAGCAUGCCUGUAAAUUGCAUUUUGCAUGUAUUAUUUUUGAAGAUUCUCUUCUAAUCUCCUUGCUUACGUUAUAAAGCAAUGGAAAACCAUUGUUCUUGUUCCUGGACUCCUGAUGUUUUUCUUUAAUUUUAUCUCACGUUUGCUUCCCCUUGAUAAAUCAGGUAUUCUUUCAGGGUCGAUUCAGAUUCGCACGAGACAGGUUUUACCUUGGUAAUCGGUGGGGACAUGAAAUUUGGUUUGCACUUAAGAGAAGAUGCAGGGAAGCUUUGUACUUUGCAGCACAGAAGAUAAAGUUUCAAUUGGAAAAUUCAGAACAAGAGUAUUUCCUAAGGAUGUUCAAUACAAAGAUGCAGGUUUUUGCUUUAAGAAACCCUCCGGUGUAAA